AUGAGUGCAGAUGCACCGCGUGGCGAUGGCUAUAUCAACCAUCCCUACGCCCCGCAGACGGAUUUCCUUGAUAAUACAGUAACGAACCUAGCUCGUCCUGUGACCAAUGCGAUCAUCACCGUGCGCAUUAUUAAGAAUUUCGAGUACCGCACGAUGAAGGCACUCGUUCUCAAAGAUGUGGACCUGACGCAGCUCACGGCUGCGACACUGAUUGAUCGAUGCAAGCAGGAGGUGGCCAAGCAGCCAGCGUUUAAGGCGUACCGCAAUGUGAUCAACUCGCUAGGUAGGUUACCAUUGGGGCUCAUCACAGACACACUGAAGCUCUACACACAAGCGCAUGGGGCCAAGACGACCAACCUGAUUAUCAACCUGGAUCAUCCAGAGUGGAUCUUGGAUUCGAAUGCUCCUACGCCGCUUUCAGACCUGGGCGUACAAAACGAGACAGAGCUCAGUCUCUUCCACCGCGAGGCAUACGAUGCGUUCCUUGCCCAUCCAGAGACUCGUUGGGAUGAAACUGGGUAG